AUGAGCAACAAGAUCCGCUACACACGCUCUCAGCUACUUUCGCUGGCGCCCAAAGUGCAGGACUACACCCUCACGGCGGGGAUGCUGCAGAAGUUCAAAAUCAUCGAGACGGAGCCGCUCGCGGAGGUGGCGCCGGUUGACCCCCCGCGCGGGGAACCCGCCGGCCGGAAGGCGACAGCGGCGGCGGCUGAGAGCAGCGGCGGGAAGAGCGGCAACGACGGGAGGGGCGGACGGCGAGGCGGAGGCGGCGGUGGUGGCGGUGGCGGUAGUGGAGGGAACGACCGCUUCGCCCCACCGGCCCGCGGGUGGCGUGGCAACAAGGAUCAGGAGGCCUUUGAGGAGGGGUAUAAAUACGAGCUGGAGCGCAAUGCUAUGAAGAAACAGGCGUUACAGGAAACUAUGGCGAAGGAACAGGAGAAAAGUGAAGCUUUAGCAAGGGAAGAGGCUAAAGAGGAGGCUAAAGAACAGUUGGCACAGACUGCUGCAAGGGAGGAAAGUAAAGCAAAUGAUGAUGAGGAAAUAGAACGUUUGAUGACAAGCAUUGCGAUGUGUGAUGAUGGUACAACAAAGGUUACAAAAUCCCGAUUUUUUUCUGGAGGAGACUCAGGUAGUAAAGGUUCUACGGUAUUCCCUACGAGCAGCUCCCCUUCAGCGUUUGAUGAUAUUUCUUUAUUACCAACGGCAAAACUGGGGUCAACACCUUCUCCAUCUUCAAAGGAUCAAUGGUCUUUUGCUUCGAUGAUGCCAACAACUGGUAAUGUGGUGUGGAACAAUAUGGAUGUUCAACGUACCUCGGGAAUUACAGGGGCGUCUACGGUAACAUCAACAACGGCGGGAAUGGCAACAGCAACAACGACAACAACGACGGCACCCGGUACAGGUAAUAUCAGUGCACCAAACGUGGUUGUAGGUUCUUUACAACAACCCGUACAUUCUGGUAUGGCAGCUCCUUCGACUGCUCAAAUGAAAACUGCAACCCCUUUAACAGCUAUCCCUACAACAUCCUCCCCACCAGCUUCUCAGUCCUCUAAACCAUCAUCAGGAACUCAACCAAGGGCGUGGAAUGCACAAGAGUUAGAGCAAAUGCUUUUAAGCGGUCAAAAAAUAAAUAAACAACCCGCUCAGGAAACAACAAAAGGAAAACCCAUUGAUGCUGCAGCAUUGGAAUCGCAACUUUUUCUACAAGUAAAACAGAACAUGACACGAUCACAACCACAAUCACAAUCACAGCCAUCGGUACCACAAACGCAGGUACAACAACAACAGCAGCAACAGCAGCAGCAGCAGCAGCAACAACAACAGGUCCCACCUCAUGGGCUAGUUUCAGGGACAUCAGCAAUUGGUGGUCCUGCAUCAGUUACUGGAACUCCUCCAAUGCUUCCAGUUUCUGGGCAACGUACACCGCCACAGGUUACAUCAGCCCCUCCUCAACACAUUCCACAACAACAAGCAAUACCUAUUCCAUGGGGAGUGACUAUGCAAAAAGUGCCUCCUCAACAGUUACAGCAAAAGAUUAUGCAGCCACAACCACAACAUCGCCAUCCUGGAAUGCCUCACCCAAUGCCAAUUAUUAUGAGCAGUGCUCAAGGGACACCUUACUAUGCUCAACAAACUAUGCAUGGUCACUACGUUGCUGGUUUUAUGCCUGGUCAAGGACAACAACCGAUGAUGUUGUACCGUUCUGCAGAUGGAACAACUCAGUACGCCAUGGGGGCCACCGGAUUCCCUCCUAACGCACAAAUACUCUUCUCGCAGCAACAACAACAGCAGCAACAGCAGCAACAACAACAGCAACAACAACAACAAAGACGUUAG